AAAAAUUGCACGAGAACUUGUUAAAAACACGCAAAACACCAUUCUUAUCAGAGUGGGCCUUUCUUUACAUUUCAAUUUAAAAGGAAAAGAAGUCGAUAACUUUAUGGAUGUAAAUGUAUAACACACCCUCUAGUGGCUAUGUGGUGAACUGACCAGCCUGCAAUCUGGUUUUUGAUCCUGCUUCAAACAGGAAGUGUAGCCCCUUGACUUCAAGGGAAAAGGUGGAGUGUGUGACUCCAGCAGCUGUUACAAACAUGAACAAAAGUGUGUCCUGUUGGUUGACAAAGACGCUUUUAUGUCACCCCUCUGGCAUUUUGACUUUUGGUACUAAAGUGGAAAAAAGAGGGAGGUGACCGUUUCUUUGAUGUUUUUUUUUUUUUCUAUAAAGUCCUCAUGACUUUUGGAAAAACUCUGUUAAAUCUAAAUGAAUGAAGGGAAUUGUAUGCAGAAGUGGAGCUGUGAAAACAUGCAGGAUGGAGACAGGGGGAGGGACGGACACGAACACACACAAGCGCGCGCGCACCCACACACACACACGGCGGGAAAGAGGGGAGAGGGAGUUGGCACGAGCGCUUGGAGGUCUGACAGGAAACUUCUCUCUGCUCUGCUCUGCUCUGCUCUCACCCUCCAUCGCACUUUACCUUCUGCAAGCCACCGAAUGGACUCAGCGGGAGCUCCUGUAGCUGUGCAGCCAUGGCUCUGCUGCGUUUAUAGCCGGUAGCUGAGGACGGAGUCCGGCGAACAGUUCGGGACGGUUCGAGUCUGGAAGAACUUUGGACCUUCAUGACCUUCAUUUGGUUAUAACUCCUUUUGGAUUUAAUAAUGAGGACUUUACUCUACCUGCUCGCCUUCGCCUUUUUUCGGCUCUGUUCGGGUCUGGGGUUCGUGGAGUCCAGCAUACAGACAGGUCAGAGGGCGGCGAGCAGACACAGGAACUGGUGUGCUUAUGUGGUGACACGCACAGUUAGCUGUGUGAUGGAGGAUGGUGUGGAAACAUACAUCAAGCCGGACUACCAUCGCUGCACCUGGGGCCAGUGUCCUCGAGUAAUGUACCGCACAUACAGGAGGCCGAGGUACAAGGUGGCUUACAAGAUGGUGACAGAAAUGGAGUGGAAGUGUUGCCAUGGUUACUCUGGGGAGGAUUGCCACAUUGGACCCCAGGUGUCACCUGACAACCAUGGCAAUAGUGGACAGUCUCAAGUCACGCAGACCAGCCAUAACACAGGAGGGGGACAGAUGGGUGGAGAAGAUAACUCGGAGAAGUUUCGCACUCUGGAGGAAGCCAUCCGAGGUCUAACAAAAGACCUCCACAGUAUGCAGACCACCAUUAAUGGCAUUAAUCUAAGGCUGUCUGACCUGACCGGAGUCGUUAUCCCUGCUGACUCAGCUCAGGGUCACAUGAAGGAAACCAUUAAUAAUAUCCAUACAAAGCUGGACCACCUCUAUAACAGAACACAGGUCCACGAUCAGACUCUUCUUCACAUCAACAACCACCUGGUCAAUGGACAGAGCAAUGAACUAGACUCAACAUCUGGAAAAGAUGGGGGAACAUCGAACCACCAACUAACGACACUAAAGGAGGAAAUACUGACAGAGCUAGAGAGAAGGGUGUCUCUGUCCUGUUCCGCCUGCCAGGUGGGCGUGGACGAUGUCAAACAACAGCAGAGGAAGGACAGGGAACGAAUUGAAGCUCUGGAGAAGCUGAUCAACUCCAUGGACCAGCAGUUAAGACAAGUUUCCAGCAGGCAAAACACUUACCAGAUGUGCUGCAGCACGGUCACAGAAAUGGAAAAGAAGCUGUCGGAUGUAGUGGUCAGAGUCACGUCUGUCGCAGACAAGUGCGACACAAUCAAAGGAAGGCUGGAUAAGGAGCUGGCCGGGACCGGUGGUGGGAAGGGGACUGUGACAGAAGACCGUUUCAACAGUCGGUUGAGAGACCUUGAAAAAAGGGUCAAUAACACGAUGAGGAAGGCAGAACAGAGGUGCGCAAACAGUGGAACCAGUGUGAAGGACACCAUCCAAAGAGAUCUCAUCCAGUUGCACAACACAGUCAACAUCCGACUAGAUGAUCAUGGUCACAAGAUUGGAAAAACAGAACUAGAAGUGUCUGUUCUUGAAGACACGGUUAGAGACCACAGCCGGCGGAUAGGUCAGUUAGAGAAUAUUACAACUUUCCUUGACAGAAGGUUAACAUCAACCACUAACAUGUGCAAUGACACCUGUGGACACAACGGAAAAGACUCAGCCACUGAUAAUACAGUCAAGACUUUGCAAUGGGAGGUUUUGACAAACCAAGAUGAAAUACGAAGGUUUAACACCAAGCUGGAUGAUUUAUUCGAGACAGGAGACUCACUUACGGAUAGAGUUUUCGGCUUAGAGAACGAUAUCAAAAGAGUGGUAGCAAUAACGGGAGACAACCGUGAACGCUUUAACCAGAUCGUCAUAGAAGUUGAAACAUUGAGCAAAGAUCUCCGGGAGUGUUCCACUUGCACAAGUUUAGAGAAGGACCUGCUCCUCUUCAAAAACACCACCACCAAGGCCUUGAACAACUGCCUGCUUGAUAUCACAGACUUGCAGAGAAGGGUUAACUCCGGAGAAGAUACCUGCUCUCAGGUUUGCUCCAACCUUCAGGAGGAGGUUGGACAACUCAAAGAGGAAGUGGCGAAAUGCACGGGACAGUGCAAGACCAACAUGGAUGAUCUGAACAACCGCUUGAAUGGACACACCUUCCACAGCGGAAGAUUGGGAGAAGAACUCAAAUCCAUUCAAGGAGAUUUAGCAAAUGUUUUUUUUACAUUCAACUCGAUCAAUAGUACACUGAGGGGCUUAGGGAGGACAGUGAAGACACAUGGGAAGACACUGACGGAUCUGUCCAAUUCAAAGGACCACAUUACUUCUGAGGUGACAAACCUGCGAGAGAUGCUGACAGAGCACAUUGAUGAGUCAAAGAUUCAAUUUUUCGGUCUCGGCAAGGAAAUACAAUUGAUAAGGAGCAACUACAUCACAGAGGUGGAGGGGUGUCGGCGGUCCAGUGAGGGUCUGGACCGAAGACUCUCCAAGCUGGAGGGAGUCUGUGGACGCUUGGAUUCCUUCUCUGACAUCCUGGAGGGGAUCAAGGAGGGCCUGAACAGACACGUGACUGGCCUGUGGAGCUGCGUCGAUGGACUCAAUGUCACUGUGACGUCUCACGGUGUUAUGAUUGACAAUAUAAAGAACGUUCAGCUGGAGAACAUCCACUCUAAGAUACACAACCUGAACUCCUCAGUGUUGGACCUUGGAAGCCAAUUCAAUGUUUUCUCAGCACAGGAUUUUACUGGUCCUCGUGGUCCACCUGGGCUCCGUGGAGAGAAAGGUGACCGUGGCCCUCUAGGACGUCCUGGACCCCCAGGAUUAGUAGGUCUUCCAGGUCCAAAAGGCCAACAAGGACCUCCAGGCUUAAGAGGAGAACAGGGUCCUGCAGGGUCUGACGCCCAUGUGCCACGCCUUUCUUUCUCUGCUGCACUGACUCGCCCAAUGAGAGGUUCAGGAACCAUCAAGUUCAACGAUGUCUUUGUCAAUGAGAAACAAUCCUACAAUCCCAAAACAGGUUUAUUCACGGCUCCUGUACCUGGGAGGUACUUCUUCAGCGGCAUCUUGACAGGCCACAAAAACAUGAAAAUCGAGGCCGUCCUGUCCAAGUCUAACAUCGGAGUUGCUCGAGUGGAUUCGGCAGGAUAUCAGCCCGAAGGCCUGGAGAAGCCCAUGGCAGAGACCAAACACAUCCCCGGAGCGCUGGCCGUCUUUAACAUCAUUCUGCCCAUGGAGGCUGGAGACACAGUGUGCAUCGACCUUGUAACUGGCAACUUGGCGUACUCCUCUGAACCUUUGACCAUCUUCAGUGGGAUGCUGCUGUAUGAGACCAAGUGACUGGAUGUGGGAUCUCAGCACUUCCUCUAGACUCUUGUUUUUUUUUUUU